CCUCUGACAUCCUGUCCCUCUUUUUCACUCGCAGUUCCCACUUCCCAUUUCCCUGGAAGGCUGCAAUUCUCAAACCCUCGUCUCGCCUUAUCAAGCCCACCAAAUAUGUCAGGUUCUCAGUGCUGCGAUAACCCACCAACCCUGAACCCAGCCUCUGGAGCAGGUUCUGUCACUGAAGUUGGGGGUCUCAAGGCAUACGUUAGCGGACCUUCUGAUUCGAAGCGCGCAAUUGUUCUCAUUUCGGAUGUUUUUGGAUUCGAGGCACCAAACCUGAGGAAGCUUGCUGACAAAGUUGCUGCUGCUGGAUUCUAUGUGGUGGUGCCCGACUUCUUCAAUGGAGACCCAUAUGUACCUGAAAAUGUUGAGAGGCCAAUACCUGUCUGGAUAAGGUUGCAUGGAACGGAUAAAGGAUUUGAAGAUGUAAAACCAGUUAUUAUGGCUUUAAAAAGCAAAGGCAUAUCAGCAAUUGGAGCAGCUGGUUUCUGCUGGGGUGCCAAGGUUGUUGUGGAGCUGGCAAAGUCUGAUUACAUUCAAGCUGCAGUGCUUUUACAUCCUUCCCUUGUCACUGUAGAUGAUAUAAAAGAGGUCAAGGUGCCAAUUGCUGUGUUGGGAGCUGAGAUUGACAAAAUAUCUCCUCCUGCACUCGUCAAACAGUUCGAAGAGGUUCUAUCCACCAGGCCUGAGAUCAAUGGCUAUGUCAAGAUAUUUCCUGGCGUGGCACAUGGGUGGACAGUCAGGUAUAAAAUGGAAGAUGAGAAUGCAGUCAAACAUGCUGAAGAAGCCCAUGGAAAUAUGUUGGAUUGGUUCACUGACUACGUCAAAUGAAAUGAUGUAUGUUGGCAAUUGCUUUUUCUAGCCCAAGUCGAAGAUUUUUAUUUUAGCUUGCUUCUAUAGAAUAAAAAACUUGGGAAAAUAUGACCUGUGGUAUUAGAUUUAAGUAGAUAUGGGAAUCCCAAACUUGCUUCCCAUAGUUAUUGGGGAAUAAUAUGACCUGUGGUAUUAAGAUUUAAGUUGAUAUGGGAAUCCCAAACUUGCUUCCAUUAGUUAUGUGUAUUCCCCAAAUAUUUAUUGCUCAAUGACGUUUGCACUAAUUAUUAGUAAACUAUGUAGAUUACUGUUGUUAAAAUUUGAAAAGUGCACCCGUUUCGAUGA